AUGAAAUUACCGUCACUGCUUCUAUUAUCUCUCGUUACAACUCUUCUGUUUCUCACAUAUCCAUAUCACACAGCGGCCUUGACCUGCUAUGAUAAUAUCGACCCGCUUAAUAGAAAUAAACAUGUCCCUGUUGAAUGUGAUAAUAGCAAACUUGGAAUACGAUCAUCUGUUUCAUGGAUGAAAACACUGCGUUCUUGGAGGCCGUUCGCUUCUAAAACAUCAAAACGGGCUACUGGAACGAAUGCUUUCAAAAUUUCUCUGUCAUGUUCAGCAGGCACGACGCUGUGUGCAAAAGUUAAAAAUGCAUUUGAUUUGGCUGGGAUAAUGUUAUCACAGACGUUAAGUUUGAGUACACCUAUUACCGUCAAUGCGACGUUCUUAAAUUUUUGUCAACAAUUGAAUCAAUGCGCUUCUCCCGGAGGCUAUCUAACUCUCGGUGGUGCAGCACCAGCGCGUACAAUUCCAAUGAAAGAUGAUGAUCAAACAAUUCGGUUGUACCCCCAGGCUCUAGUAAAACAGCAGCUAACCGAUCAAUCUGUCAAUUUUGGCCCUUUCGACAUUGUUGCUCUCUUCAAUUCCGAAGCCAACUUUUGGUUUCAAGGCGAUGGCGGAAUCCAACACACGCAAUCCGAUUUCUUGUUUGUCAUUCUGCACGAACUCGUCCAUGGUCUCGGAUUUACAUCGUCCUGGGAUGACUACAUCAACAUGACACCUGAGGCACUGACUCCGGACAUCUCUACAACAACCAAGGGAGGACAGCAAACGAUAGGUUUUACCGAAUAUGCUUUCGAUAAGUAUAUGGUUAUCGCCAAUACUGGUCAGAGGAUGAGUGAGAUCACAGCACAAUUGAAUCAGUUCUCCUCUGGCUCGAGCGCGACCACAAUACAACAGUAUGGGCGGGCCUUCAAGAGCUCACCACAGUAUUCACUUGCUACUCAGAUGUUCAAAUAUGCUACAACAAGAGGUGCGAUGGUAUUCUUGCCUAUUGGACAAACUGAUAUUUCACAAGGGGUGGUCUUAGAAACUAGUUUAAUUCCAUAUUCUCAAGGAUCUAGUGUGAGCCACGUUGAUUACAAAAAGUAUACUGACACGUCAGACUUUUUGAUGAGGUAUCUGCAAGAUCGAGGGGUCUCCUUGGGAGAUGCUAUUGUUCAGGGAGGUAAUUACUCGGGUGGUAGUAUUGGUCCACAACUAAAGUCAAUACUGGAAAGUCUUGGAUAUGCAACACAAGAUAAUCCUAAUCCAUAUCGUCCUAAACCAAGCGCUAGCGGUUCACCUGACAUUUUUGUUCAAUCAAAGACACUUAUAUUACUUAUUGUAUUUACGACAAUAUUUCUUUCACGUAAUGAGUGGAACUUGUAA